UAGACAACAAGCAGCAGACAUGUCAGACGCAAUAGGCGAGUCGGAAAACUUCUUAGAUUCGAGGAACAAUGCUCUACUUACAGAGCAUCUUGGAUUUAGACCAAUCACAUUAAUUGAUGAGGUGAUUAAUGCCGCUAAUGAAAUCAUGUAUCGAGGUCUUCCUGGGUUUCAAGAAUAUCUUGCCCGCUGUAAAGUGCGGGCAUUACAAGACACGAUUGAGGAUGAUAUCUUUGCACAAGUUAGCGAUCAUGAGAUUAAAGCUGGGGUUGCCCAAUUAGAGUCGUUGAUUGCUUCUCAGAUUGAUAUUAAUUUUGAUAAAUAUGAGUUGUAUACUUUAAGAAACAUCUUUCACAUUGAUCCAAGUUUAGUUAAUGAAGGUUGGAUUAAAUUAAAGCAUCACGAGGGAAUAGAGUUUUCCAAAGAUUCAAGUAAGAAGAAGCGGAAACUAGACCAAGAGCUUGUCAAGUUGAAUCUGGAAAUUCAAGUGGAAUUACAUAUUAGAAAAGUAUUACGAUUGCAAUUGGCCCGACUUAAGAAACUAAUUAAACUUCAACGUGGAUUGGCCGAAAAUGUGGCAUUUUUAACCAUAGCCAAAUCAGAUAAAGAUAGCGAAGAAGUAGUCAAGGCUAAGGAAAUCCUUAAGCUGAUUAGCCCAUUAGAUCAAACUUUAAUGUUUUUGAUUAAACAAACAAAAAGGUCUAUAGUGGAAUUAGAUCAACUUGCUACUAAAGUUAACCUUGAUAUGCAAACCAAAAGAUUCAAGCCAGAUUAUAAUGAUAAGUUUAUUGAUGGUAGAGCAGUGAGAAUAUUAGACAAAACAGGAGUACGGUCAAGUGAUGAUCUGACUUUAUCUCUUGGAGAGGCAGAAGAUGCCACUAUGGACACCACCGUAGAUGCACAAGCUGAACAGGAGAUUAACUUCAGUAUACCUAGUUCACCAGAUCUUGAAACUGUUAAUCAAGCAGUCGAGGCGACUACUAAGGAAGAGAUGGAAGAGAAGUAAGAAUAUAAAGAGGUUAUGAAUGCGGUUAGGAGCUAGUGGCUGAUCUCUAAGAUUACGGCCUAUAUUAUGUUAUGUGAAAUUGAUACAGAGAAGUUAAAGCAAGGUCAUAAUUGAAUGAAGGUUAAAUGAGGUAAUAAGUUAGUUAUAAUCAGACCAUAAUACC